UGCAAGACCUUUCUACCUAACAAACUGUGGCAACAGUUAGAUGAUCAAGGUCAACGUGCCUGGCAUCAACUUCCUGAAGCUGCUAAAGCUGUCAUACUUGGUGGUUCCAACAAACCUUUGCCGGCACCACCACCCCCACCGCCCCCCCACUGUUCUGUCAACUUGCAUUAUAUGUUGGCCGCUGAUUUCCUUUCUCCGUUUCAGCAUUCGAGCAUGGGGAGUGAUGUAGGUACUCUGACUUCUGAAAUGAAUGAAGAGCCCACACAUGACAAACUUUUAGCUCAUGUCACCAAGCAAUCUUCCCUACAACCUGGGGAGCUACAACGUGACAUGUCAGACAAGUUAGCUUUGGUUCCUGCAACCAAACAUUGCAAAGGCAAACAAGAAGCCAAGAACCACGAGAUCGUCAUAGAUGGAGUGUGGUAUAAAGCAUGUGCAACCACUAUUACCUACUCCGUUCUCUGUGUUAGCACUCACAAGGAUUUAGCUCUAGUUGAUCGAGGUGCAAAUGGUGGAAUCGCAGGUGAUGAUGUCCGCAUCAUUGUCAAAACCAUGACGGAGUGUGGUAUAAAGCAUGUGCAACCACUAUUACCUACUCCGUUCUCUGUUCUGCUCACAUUGGAAAGGGAUUUGACAAGGAAAAAUUUCCAGUACCCUCGUCUUGUUGAGCCCUUUGUUACUGAUCUUGCAUCAGUCGACCUUAAGCCUGAUUUCCAGUACCCUCGUCUUAUUGAGCCCUUUGUUACUGAUCUUGCAUGUGUCGACCUUGAGCCUGAUCCCAUUGUUGACCCAGAGACCAAAACCCGACAUGGUACCCUUGACAACAAUCAUGUCCAGUAUCCUUGUCUUGUUGAGCCGGUUGCUACUGAUCUUGCAUCAGUUGACCUUGAGCCCGAUCCUCUUGCCUACCUAGCUUGUCUGGCAUCUUUGGCAACACUUCCUUGCAAGACAUCUCUUUGCACUGCAAAGUUAGAAGCUGCUGGUUCCAACAAUCAGCCUCCUGCGCAACCACCUCCAUCCCCCCAACAUUCUGUCAACUUACAUGAGAUGUCGACUACUACCGAUUUUCUCUCACAGUUCCAGCACUCGAGCAUGGGGAGGAGUGCAGAUGCAGAUACUCUGACUUCUGUAACAAGUGAAGAGACCAAAUCAGACAAGUUGGCUCUGGUCCCAGCAACCAAGUAUCGCAAAGCUACUCAAGAGGUGAAGAAUCACAAGAUAGCCAAAGAUGGAUUUGAUGUUGAUGAAUGGGCCAAGUCUGUACCGGAUGAUGGGUCUGCAGGUGAACAAAGUCCAUUUGAUAGAGUGGACAUACCGGAUGAUGGGUCUACAGGUGAACAAAGUCCAUUUGAUAGAGUGGACAUCCUUACUAAGCGUAACACAACAGUCACUACUCUGAAGGAUUCUCCUGCCUUAGAUGAUGCUAUUGGUUUCAUUGAAACUCAUCACUGUGUCAUGGCAACAAAUGGUCUGUACAAACUACAUCCUGGACAAGCUUCUGAUCUUGAUUGGUUGGAAUGUAACAUGGCUGGUCUAUUUGAUUUAGACCCUGCCCAUGUGUCACGACUUAGACCACCAGAUUUUGAAGCUUACAAGUCAGGCAGGCAACCAUCUGUUCUGUUUGUUCCUGAAACGCCUAUCAACUUUGUCAUUGAGUCUACUCCAAAGCGAGACAAACUCAUAGACUUGACUUGCAAGUUGUCAUCCUCUGAACCUCGACGCAGCCCACCAGAUGAAGGUCAUGUCUUUCAAGGUGCUAAGAUCGUUGAGCUCAACUACAAGCACAAUUGCAACAGGGACAUUCAGCCUGCACAUAUUCAACUAUGCCUGAACAUUGACAAAGGUGAAUAUGAACGUGUCAUGGCUUACCAAAACAUCCACAAGUGGUCAGAAAUUGACAAGGACAACCCCAUUGUUUGGAAGCUCAAGCAAGUUGUAUGCCACCAUCACUACAUUCGACUUGAACACCCUUCUUACCUGGGUCUGACCUACAGUAUGGCCAUUGGAUGGAAACAUGGGGAGAAUACCCCAAAACCACUGAGCAUCACUGGAGCCGAUGAUUCAGUGACCUACACUAUGUAUGCUAGAAAUCACAACAUAUUGGAAAGUCAAGGUUGUACACUUCUUGGAAAUAUAGUCAAGGACAAGAAGAAACUUCUUUGUCCAUCCAAUCAAGUCAAGCUGAGAUUGCUACACACUACUUCACCAAAGUGUAUGUUGAAUGGAACCUCAAUUGAUUUCUUAUCUAAGGAGCAGUCAACUGUUGAGACUGCUACUUAUGGUUCUGAGCCUGCAGCCACUCAAACCUGUGCCAAACAGAUCAUGGAUCUCCAACAAUCCUUGAGGUACCUUGGUGUGCCAAUCAGAGGUCAAAGCUACAUGUUUGGUGACAAUGAAUCUGUCGUGAACAGUUCUUCCCUACCUGAAGCUAAGCUACACAAUCAAGAUGUUGCAUUGUCAUUCCACCGUGUGAGAGAAGCAGUAGCAGCUAACAUGCUAUCUAUUAUCCACAUUGACAGUGCUCUCAACCCAGCUGAUAUUCUCAGCAAACAUUGGGGUCAUCAGCAAAUCUGGACACUACUACCGACUCUAAUGUUCUGGUCUGGAGAUACUGCUGAACAAGAGGACUAG